UUAUUAUUAUUAUUAUAUAUACAACAAUCCCAUUUGUUCCAUACUAUCAAACAUGAAGCAAAAGAUAGUAAUGAAGGUGCAAAUGACUUGCGAGAAGUGCAGAAGCAAGGCCAUGAAGAUUGCAGCUGUGGCACAAGGUGUGACGUCAGUGGCGAUUGAAGGAGCAGAUAAAAGCCUGGUGGUAGUGAUAGGAGAUGGAGUUGAUUCUGUUAGCUUGACCCGCUCACUAAGGAAGAAGCUUGGCUCUGCCACCAUUCAGAGUUUGCAAGAACUGAAAGCAGAAAGUCCUGAGAAGAAAACAGACCCAACUCCAACUUUUUAUUAUAGCCAAUAUCCUCAGUAUCCCUUGUACCAUGCAAAUACAGUAGCUUAUCCGGAUCAGUACCCCUUGUACCAUGCAGAUGCUGUGGUUUCUGAUCAAUACCCUAGCAACUGUGCCAUCAUGUGACAGACAUAUUUGCUGAAUAAUUAUAUCGCAACCUGUUCCAUGAUAUGUAAACAUUUUGUCUUUGUUUAGUUCAUGCUCUUGCAUGUUUUUUUUAUGUCUCCUACAUGUUUCUGCUGAGCUGAUAAAAUUAUAUUUGUAUAAAAACAAGGUAUUGUAAUAAGUUAAUCCUUUUUAUAAUGGCCAAAAUAGCAUGCCUUAUUAAGAGGAUAAUGCUUCCUGUGCCGAAUGAAACUAAAAUUUUCGAUAA